UACACUUCCGACCACCUUCCUCCAGGUGGAGGUGGCCAUCAUCCGCCUGUAGGGGUUGCACCUCCGCCGUCUCAGGUGGCCUGGAAACCCCCAUCUGCCCGGGCAACACACACUGAAGGCAACAGCUUUAUUUUUGGAGUGUCUGCAGGCACCGCUGCUCGCUCCCCAAGGCUCCAGUUGACUUCAGGAUGAGGCGGCCCUGUGGCACUCUGAGCCGGGAUUAACAAGCAAAGAGCAGUUUUUUUUUUUUUUUCUUCCCGUCAGCUGAAGGUAAUCCACACAAAGUAAGAGUCUGCUGGUGCGUCUGAUGAAAGAAGCUGACAUAUUGACCAGCCAAUCAAAGAAAACACAAGCGAACACAAGUGUCCAGGUCAGGAACGUGCAAUGCUGAUGGAGGUUUAUUACACUAACGGGUUGGACCCCGACCUUUCGCAGCAGUACCCUCCCCCUUUACUGCCAAAACCGGGCAAAGACAACGCAAGGCUUCAGAAACUCAAGAAGAAGAGGGUCAAGAAAAAAGGCAGCCUUUCUCAGACGCCGAUCCCCUUCCGCUCCUGUUUGUCGCCUGUCAACGAAGCAAGCACAGACCUAGAACACAGUGACCAGUGCAGCCCGCCAAGGACACCAGAGUCAGUCUACAUUGCUGACUCCUGUGUCUCUGGUUUUCCCUUCGGCUCUUUCUACGAUCACUCUGUACCCGCAUUCCCUCAUCCUGAGAGCAGUCCCAAUGUACAAACUAACAGCUUUCACCCUCCAUCCCACCCUGCUGGGAUCAGGACCUCUGAACCGCAAGUGGCUCCGCUGUAUGAAUGCUCCUCUUUCCUAUUUGAUGAUGCUUCCCCCUUCAUAGUUCCACCUUUGACAUCUUCAGCACUACAUGAGCAGGUUUCUGCACCAUGUCUUCCCCCAGCUUUCAACAUGACAUCAAAUACCCAUGGGUCAGUCACAACAGUCUCUCCAGUUGCUAUGUCGCAAUGCAGCCCAAAAAUAUCGACCCACAGCCUGACCCUAUCCACAGCAGCCUCCAACUGCGGGCCAGGCCUAGCACCUUCUCACAUUGCAGAUCCAUCUCAGGUUCAAAUGCCCCCAUCAGUUUCAAACAAUCAUACACAACCAUUCAUUCCCAGCCAGAGGGAGACAGACGUUAAUAUAAAGGAGGACUUUCAGAGACAGACAUUAACUAGAACUAACACAGCAAGCAUCACUGGCAACGGUGCUCUUCGACAGAUGCCUUCUGAAAUAACUGCUUCAAAAAUAUCUCUUGUUGAUGCAGUGAAAGACCCAAGCAUUGAAGCAAUGCAAGCUAAGAUUUAUACAUCUAAAGCAACAUUUUAUGAAAUCUCCAAACCUUUCUCUGUCCAGGAUCUCACAUUUAUGAACACAACCCAUCAAGGAACCUCGGUUUCAGCAGGAUUCAGUCAGAAAGCGUCCGUGCCAUCAGUGAAUGCUGAUCAGGAACUGUCUUCAGCUUGGAUCCAGAGUGUGAGACCACUUCCUUUGGCUUACACAUCAGCUCAAAUAUCAACUCCUAUUUUUGAAAUAUCAAAACCCAGCCCACCUAUACCCACUGUUAACCCUGCUUUCAACUCCUUACAAGAUUUACAACCGCCCUUUAUUAAGAAAGAGUCACACAAAGACAAUUCGGCUGUUCCAGCUUGGUCUUUGGGUAAACCUCCAACUGGGACUGAAGAACAAAAGCAACCUGAUGACAAUAACGCAACUUUCAUCAAACAGCAAAAGAUGUAUAGGGAGACUGAGACUCCCAAUACACAAAAGAGUACAAUGAAUCUAAGUUUGGUCAGUUGUGAGCCAUACGACAGAGAUAAUAUAAAUAUGCCAGAAUUUCCUGUGCUUAAAUCUACAAUAACACCGUUUGCUAAACCAAAGACAGACAAAGCUCCAUCUCUACCAAAGGUACCAUCAUUUAUUUCUGCACCAAUAGAUCGUAGCCCUACACCCUCAGUCUCAAUACGAGGUCCAAGCCCUGUGUCCUCCCCUUAUCGUCCUCCUGUAGUGGAGGCACGCAAGUCUUUGAGCUCACUUUUAGAGACACAAAUGUCAUUAGCGAGCUCAAAGCCUAAAUCACGUUCUACAUACUAUGGACUGACCCCAGUUGAGUAUGCUGCCUAUGGUGGAAUAAGGACAAGUACAUCGCAACACAGUGCUGCAGAUCCCCUCAUUGAUGAAAAUGCCAACGCAAACCACUCAGAGAAACCUGUGGAUGACUCUGACGUCUCAAAGCAAGAAAAACAUUAUAAUGGACUGGAGGAUCUAACUUCCGUGAGUCAUGAAGAACAAUCGUCUCACUCAGAGGUUCCAGAUGGAAGGAUGUUGAGACACUGCAGCGAUGAUAUCACAGGAGAAAGUUGGACUGGAACUCAAAAUGUCGGAAUAGAGUCAGUAAAAACAUCUACAGUGGAAACAAUAAAACCCAACCUUCACUUUGGAUUGGCACAGAAAACAAUACUACAACCCACAAGUGAUGCAUCUACAUCAAAAGCCUCAUAUUCAGAGGCUCCAAUACCAAUACCUAAAGCAGGUGAGGUACACACAAAGCAACCGGUGCAGUUUUCAGUAGAGGCAGGGCAAAAAACAGCUGCAAAUCCUACCGACAGCCUGGGCUCAAAGAUUUACUCCUCACCUUUGGUCAAAGAGUUAAAUACAGAAUGGCAACUUAAAUCAAAAGAGGUAGAUGUUGCCCAAAAACUAUCAAAUCUUGAUCAAACUCAUUUCGUGUCUGAUAAAAACUGCAUUGCAGUAUCUAAGCUUACAAAUCUAGACGAGCAAACAGGAAAAAUUGAAAUAGAUCAUAUUAAGGUCAGUCCAUCAUUGCCCAACUGCGUCAGUCUUCAACCUGCUGCCAACUCUAUAAUGAAAGCAGCAGACUGUGAAGCAAACGUUUCUCAAGUACAGGGUAAAUUCCCAGAAAGCAAAAUUUUGAAUUGCACAGCCAUUUUGGGUAAAGAGCCUACUAAACUGCUUUCAGGAAUCCCCCUUUCUAGUAAAAUAAAUGAAGGUAUUCCUGACAAACAUGAUAAUGAGAUCAAAUGCCAAAUUAAGCAAAGCAAAAGCGAUAUUCUACCAAAUAAAACAAAUGUGGGAAAUACCUUGUCUGCAGUACCUGUAAAUACAGAGCACACUCAUGAUAGUACAAACAUCCAGCUGCAAUUCCCAGAAAAAGUGUCCACAGAGCCACACAUCCCUACCAAAGGGUUGACGCUCCCGCAUGAGCCUGUUACAGCAUCUGUUUGCUCUGGGCAAUACGAUAUCUGCACAGUAUCCUCACCAAAGAUAAGCACAAGAAUUAUGCAUCCGCACAGUGCAGAAACACAAGUUGGUCCAAAAAACAACUUUAAUUCGCUACCAUCAAAUUUAAUGAAUAUACCUGCUGGAAAUAUUUUAUCUAGUAAACCUACCACAGAAUCAAAACCCCAUGCCAUAUUUGGAACCACAACCAAUAUUAAUCAUCCAAUAAUGACAAACCAAACGCAUGUGCCAACAAAAGAGUUAGAAAAGCUAGGAAUUAUACCUGCAACUGUAUCUGUAGAAACACAAAAUAACAUGGAAUGGCAUUUCCAAAGUCAAGCUGUGAGGGUAGAAAAUGAUUGUGCAACUUCAAACACAUUUACAAAAAUGUCUGCACAACCUGCAAAAAAUAGUCUAACCACUCAAGUGGAUCCACGUUUUUCUUCAACGAACACCACAACAGAAAGCUUUGAACCAAAGCAAACAGGGAACCUGAGCAUGCCAAUAAGCACAUCUAAAUUAUCAGAUAAGCUUCCUGGAAGCCAACUUAAAACUUCUGUAAACACAACUUUCUCUACACAAGCUGGAGCUUCUCAGUACUUGACCGCCCAAUCAAACAUCAGUUUCCUCAACAAUAUGAACAAUAUUCUAUCAACUGAAAAUACAAUUCCACACAAACUUCACAUGGAAACUUCUUCUAGUUCAGCUUUAGCAGAAUCAGCAAUGACUGUUAAACCACCACUAAAUACUCCACCAACUAGUAUAAAUGCGGCACGCUCUACCCCAACGAUGAGGCAAGUUCCACCAAAAAGUCCACGAAUAAAAUCAAACAGAUCAGAGAGUCAAUCUGCAGCAAAGCCUCCAAUGAAUCAAAUAUCAGUUAUUGGGCCUCUUGGGGAUAAACUGGCUCCAAACCUUCAGCAUGUGAACAAAUCAAUAAAUAUACCCUUGCACCAAAUUAUAAAAGCUGCAGUAAAAGAGAACUAUUCAGUUACUGAGCCAGUUAUGGAUCAUAAAGGCCUAGCAAGUCCAUCAUUGAAAACCAAAAAUCCUUUAACAUCCCCAAUGAAGGCUCAGAUGUCCAUUGCAUCAGGUCAGACUAAGUCUAACACAUUUGGUAUUAGUGUUCAGCAAGAAAAUACACAACCUUUGAAGCCAAAUCAAAUAACUUUGGCUGAAAACACAUCUCAACAGUUUAUUACUGUCAAUGACCCUCCAACAACUCAAACCAAUGAAUUUACUAAGAAUCCACACUCCUUCCCAUUAGCUGCCCUAAAUAGUGACUCUACUAAACUCGUCCAACCUCUUAAAGAAUCUACCAAAGAUUUCAAAGUCCCUUGUAGUCCACCAGUUACAAAUAAACCGUGGGCUUCAUUAAGAGCUUCCCCGUUGCUUGAGCCAAGGGUGUGUUAUACACCCAAACAAUUUACCCCUACAUUACCCCAGUCCUUUCAAAGUUCUGAGUCUUUGGAUGAUUUGACAGAAACAAACCUGCUAGCAGUUACUAUGAAACAACCAAAACAGUCACCGAGUGCACCAUUUCAAAAUAUUACUCCCAACAGUGCAACUCAACAGCAUGAGAAGUCAGUCAAAGAAAACAUCUUAAAACCAGACACUAAAAUAGCUCCUGUUAAUGACUCUUCAGUCUCUGAGAAAAAAAUACAUUCCCAAGUGGAAAACAUAAAAACAAACCAAUUUUCAAACCUAUAUAAAGAAGAAACUCUCUCCUCAGUAAUUACUAAAAGUAGCCAACACGCUGACUCAGUUUUAAAUACUGUGUCUACUUUAAAAGAAAAACCUUCUAUUCAGCUAGUAGAAUCAAGACCCUCCUCUGCUGUUGCAGAAACUAAACCCUCACUAAUAAAACCAGAGUCUUUCACAAAGUAUGUCACCAGUCCGAUCCAGGUUAGCUCGCACUUGAAUAAUGAGGAACCACUAGCGAAUGGUUCCCAUGAAAAGCCAGCAGCAGACACUAUCAUGAAACCGUCCAUAGUCAAAGAUGCUGUGAUUGAUUCUGCCACUCCUGCCUCUCUGCCUCAGGCCUCAGUCUCAGUAAAAGCUCCAUCUCCAAACAGAGGAACAUCACCAUCAUCUCCGCUAAAAACUGGACUCAAGGACACGGAUAUUCUGAAGGAGGUAAUAAGUACAUCAAAGGGAACUCCAGCUGCCGAGUCCUUCAUGAAGUCAACGACAUCAAUUGCAUCUUCGGUUACUAAGAAAAAGUUGGAACCGGAAGGAACAUCAGCAUCUUCCAUUGAGCAAAAAACAAUCCAGAAGCCAAAAGGUCUGAAGGGGAAGCUCAGUGGAUGGACACGGCUGAAAAAGCACAUGGUUGUCGAGCCAGAGGAACCUAAGUUUCCUGAUCCGGGGGACAAACCUCAAGUCACUGCUGUGGAGAGUGACGGAAUAACCGAUAAGGUCAUGGACAUGCCGCUUGCUGACCAGGAUAUGAACCAGGAGGUUCUUCAAAACAAAGAGGGGCCCAAGGCAUUAAAGAUGUGGGAUGCUCUCCUCUUUCAAAUGUUCUCAACCAAAGAAAAAAUCAUGCACCAAAUCAAUUCCAGCAAGAAAGAUUCAGACAAGAAGAAGUCCUCGAAAGAUGAUCAGGCAGUGGUGCCAUCAUUUGUCAAGCGGCUUCCAAUUUUACUGUACAGCCCUCGCUUUGAUGCCAGGAAGCUAAAGGAAGCAGCAGAAAAGCCAAUGACUAAAAUAGCAGCAGCUUUUGAAAUAGGGCUGAUAAAACGCAAAUCUCAGGAAGAUGAGCGCAAGGAUUUCAACAGAACAGCCAAAGGAUUUGGUCCCACUAAAAAUACCGAUGAUGAGGCUCAGGGAUGAUGUGAUUUAUUCUAUAGGUGAUUUACCAGAAAAUGAAAAUUUGCCAGGUACUGGUUUAUAAUCACAAAGGAAUAACUACUUGGAAAAUGUGAGUUUAAAUACUUUUAUAUUUACAGAAAAAUAUAUAGCGAUAAUAGAAUAUUGGAAGAUGAUUUUACUAAAUCACAAAGGGCAUUUUAUAGAGGGGAUAAUGGUAAUAAAAAUACUCAGUUUGAUAACCACAUUUCAAAUACUUGUUUUAAUUCUGGCGUUCGAAAUGUAAUCACUUUUAAAAAUUUACUAUGAGAAAUUCUAGAAAGUCACAAAGAAAGAGUUAAACUGUACGUCAAACAACGUAUGCCAUAAACAAUUAUGGUUUAUGUUGUUUGAGCAAGUUACAUUUUAUUAAAUUACAUGUUGCUGCAAUAACUGCAAAAAAGAAUGAUAGGCUAUUCUAGGUACUCAAAGAUUUCAUACUUUGAAUGCAAGUUUAAGAGCUACUAAAUUUGGAAAAGCUAAAAAAAGUAAAGGUCAGAGCAGUUACUCUGCAGCAGUUUUAAUUGGUAGAUUCUGUUUUUUUCUGUUAAUAAUGCCAUAGAAAUGAUUUGGAACGAAUAUAUUAUAGACAAAUUGUCAUGUUCCACUUUUCUAUUUUUCUAAAAUAAAAAAGCUUUGUGUGUGUUAUAGACUGGCAGAUUGUAUUUGUGAUAAAAAGGGCUUUUACAUUCCUGGAUUAACAGGAUAAAGUUUUUGUGAAAGAAGGAAACUCAGUCGAAUGAAGUUGAAAUGACUUGUAACAAUACUUUUAAGUUUGUGAAAUGGGGAAGUGAAUGAAAAGUUGGUGGCACCCAAUGAGGGUUUGAAAUGGGCAAAAACAGGUGCUUGAUUUUUGUUAGCCAUGACAAAGGUCUUAGAAUUUGAUUUAAAUGUCAUAAACAUAUAUGGAUUGGCAAUGAAAUUUAAAAAUACAAUAAACUGUUUUAUAAUAUAAUAUGAAAUUUAAAAGAGAUUUUUAAAAAGCUGUUGGGAUGACCACAGCAAAAACAUUGGAGCUUAGACGAGCUUCAGACUCAUUGUUGUGAAGUUAUUUAUGUCAUGUUAAUUAUUAAUUCUUCACUUGUGAUUCACAUUAGAUUGUGGGGCAAGAAAAAAUUGAUCUUUUAAGGUUCUAGGAAUGUGGAAAUGCUAAUACUACUUUAGCAUUUAGCUUUAGCUCAGCUUGAUGUUAUUCUAAGCACAAGUUAAGUUAAGUAAGUUCUAUUAUUGGGGCUGAUAUUUAGUUUAGAAACACAUUUAUAUGUAAAAGUGUAUUUACUUGUCAAUUUAAAUUGAUAUAAACUGGAUUUGUCAAUUCUGUUAUUGUGUUUUGAGUUUGACCUGACCCUAACCCUUGCCAAGUACGGGAGCACUAAACCUCAGUACUAAUAACGACAUCUAAUACCACUUGAGUUUGUAACCAGGAUGUAAACUUAAGAAAGACAAAUUGGAAAAAAAUAUAAUGGUAGUGAAGAGUGGUGCUGUAAGACAGCUGAAGAAGAUGUAAUAAGAGGUUGAUGAGGUGUACACAGAAGUGGAAUGUUGAAAAGGUUUGGAUAAUGAUGCCACUGCUAUAGAAAGUUUCAGCAAGUUAUUUUAUUUUUUUAUUUCUACUGUAUAUACCCCUUUUGUAAAAUUGGCUUUAUUAAUUAAUGUUUUGUUCAAAGAGAUGAUUAUAAAGUGUAGUUUCCUUGGUGAUAAAAUGUCACAAAAUGAACAGAGCCCUAUUUGUUACGCCAGUGUUUAAUGCAAUCUUCUUAACUGAUUUUUUUUUUUAUAAAAAAUGUAUAAACCAAA